CACGGACCCGGCUCUGGAGGACUCGGGGGUCCGUGAGCAGUUAUGGACUGUUGUUGUUAUUAUUAUUAUUUAGGGGCUGUGUCAUCUAAUGUUCGGUCCACAGUUGAAUGUGUAGUGUGUGUGUGUGUGUGGGUUUGCUUCUCCCUCUCUCUCUCCCCGGUCCUCGGGGCUGUCUACGGAAGUGCGCGCCGUGGGAGAGGCGUGUCCUGGCGACUGUCGUCAUUGGGAGUCCCUCUUCACUGUUGCCGGUCCACCUGCAGCUGAUUACCUGACCAGCUGUUGGUAAUCAUCCUUCCCGGCUAGAGAGAGGGAUUUAACCUGGACUGGCGGCGACAGUCGACGUGGGAUUAUUACUCCGAACUGGAUAGCCGAGCGGAGAAGCGAGUUGGGGAGCACACGCACUAAGGGAGCUACAGCACGGGACGCACUGGGAGCAGGAGACGAGCACCAUUGGAAUAUUGCACCUUUGAGUUUAUUGUUGGACUUACCUGUCUGGUCACUGUAAAUAAAGUGCACUGUGGCAUCGAAGAGUCCCGCGUUUUGGGUCCUACUUUCCUCGUCCCCACGGUCUGCAUGGCAGACCGUGACAGAAUAAUCCCACCAACCACCAUGGACCCAGCAGACUCAAGAGUUGCCACGGAGGAGGGAUCGCUCACACAGCUGUGGGGUUACUGCCAGAGCGUAACCCAGGCUGUGGAUCCACACAUGAGACACAUACAGGUAGUGUUUUUUGAUAAUUAUCUUUCCUCCACUACCUUCUCUACGAGCUUUCUGGAUAUUGAUAAACUCAUUCAAAUUAUAACUGAGCUGCGGGCAAGCUCCAGCUUCGAACUGUUUGGUUUGGGCUGUCCGGGCAAGGAGGAUGCGGCUGCCUCCCUGGCAGCCCUUGCUGCUUGGUUUUUUCUUCAUAGGUGGAGAGUUUUUCCACCACCGCUUGCUGCUCACCUAUUGGACCCUCCACUGCAGGGAAGACGGCGCCCUGCUCCAUCUCCUCUCGUUCCUUCAGCGUCCUCUGUGUCGGCAGACAAAGGAUCGGCAGCGCUGGUAACCACAGUGAGUAAACCGGACUCUGUCUCCUUACUUAAUCCAGUCUCUCACGAGCAGGAGGGGACAGAUUCCUUUGACGCGGCCCCGCCAUCACGAAAGAGACGGCGUCGGCGUCAUCUUCGUCAAAUCGAAGCUCACCUCACUCCUGUGGUUUCGGAGGAACCAGCUGACUCAGGACUAGCCGCACAAGGAGCCGCAGUGAGUGAGACGGACUCUGAUGUUGGUAAAGACGUUUUUGUUAUGAAACCAGAGAUGGCUUCGUCUAAACCUAGGGACAGUGCCCAGUCAGUUAAUAAUAAAACUGGGCUCGCAAUGGAGGAUAAGCUUAAAGGGUCUGCAUUGCCAGAAAGUGGAGGCGGGCCGGAAGCUAAUUCUGGGUCAUUUCUUAAUGUAAGGAGUAGUGAUGGCUGCUUUUCUGGGGCUGGAUGCGGAGCCUUAGUUUCUGAGCCAGUUAGCUCUGGGACGGUGAACUCUGAAGGCGCUGGUGCGGCAGCUAAAUGGACAGAGGCUGUUAAUUCAGAGUUACUGCACUGUGCUAAUAUGCAUCCUGAAACUGUUUUUGUGGCUGUUGAUUUGUUAAAGGACCCGGUGCUAGAACAUGAACCUGCCACUACAGGCAAUCAGGAGGCUGGGAUUCUCCCCAAGGCCUCCCCAGAGGCCGAACUGGAGACCUCAGUUGCCUCUGGCUCCCUGGACAUUGUAGAGCCCGCGGUAACAUGUUCCUCCUCUCUACCCUUCAUGUUAGCCAUAUCACCCUCGACUCAGUCUGCUGCCCAGCACAUAACUCAGUCUUUAGUCCAGUCAACCUCUCAUCUUCAUCCUCAGUUGGAGGCCGGUAUGCCUGCUGGACCAACUCUGCCAUCUUUUCACCCGUCUGUUGUUCCUGCAUCGCUGCCCAGUCUACCACGAGUAGCUGCCACACCAUCGUCACCUCCGCCCUCUGCAGCUACUUCUCCACCAGCGUCUCAUCAGACUGCAGCGACCGCAGCACUCUCGGCUUCACCAUCCACAUCACCCGCUCGACCAUCAUCUUCACCGCCUGCAGCUACCGCAUCACCAUCUUCGCCUCCGGAUCAACCAUCUAAGCCCGCGUCGCAGCCGGAGGAGCAGCUCAGCGAGCGGGGGAGCCCGCGUCGCAGCCGGAGGAGCAGCUCAGCGAGCGGGGGAGCCCGCGUCGCAGCCGGAGGUGCUUGCGCCGCCAGCUGUGGAGCUCAGCAAGCCGGAGGAGCUCGGCGAGCGGGAGGAGCCCGCGUCGCCAGCUGCGGAGCUCAGCAAGCCCGAGCAGGAGCUCGGCGAGCGGGAGGAGCCCGCGUCGCCAGCUGCGGAGCUCAGCAAGCCCGAGCAGGAGCUCGGCGAGCAGGAGCUCGGCGAGCGGGAGGAGCUCGGCGAGCGGGAGGAGCUCGGCGAGCGGGAGGAGCUCGGCGAGCGGGAGGAGCCCGCGUCGCCAGCGGUGGAGCUCGGCGAGCCGGAGGAGCUCAGCGAGCCCGAGCUGGAGCUCAGCGAGCGGGAGGAGCCCGCGUCGCCAGCGUGGAGCUCACGGCCACCAUCAAGAGAGGGGCUCGGCGGGCCGGAGAAGCGCGCACCGCCGUCGGAGGUCGACGUGCAGGAUGCAUCUUUACAUCCACGCCUUCCACGUCCAGCGCGCCGUCCACGCCGUCCACGUCCAGCGCGCCGUCCACGCCGUCCACGUCCAGCGCGCCGUCCACGCCGUCCACGUCCAGCGCGCCGUCCACGCCGUCCACGUCCAGCGCGCCGUCCACGUCCAGCGCGUCGGGGAUCCUGGGCCUUUCAACUCUGUCGGCCGCCGGAGCUGCAACACCGCCGCCACCGGACCCGUGGCAGGCCACCGGAGCUGUCACACUGCCGCUACAAGACCCGUGGAGGGCCACCGGAACCGUUUCGCCGUUGCUGCCGGACCCAUGGCCGUCCGCCGGAGGUCCAGCGUUCCCUCCGAUGGACUAGAGGUAGGCCUCCGGAACUGUUUUCUGCCUCUGCCUACCUACAGCAGAUCUCACCUGUUUUGCCGCCCACCGGGUCGGUUGCCAGAACUAUGUCCGCUGCCAUUAGGGCGGGGGGUGGGCCUGCUGAACUGAGUUUUUUCGUUUUUGUUGUUUAGUGGUGGGGU